UCAGAGCAAAGCAUAGCAACAUAUCUUGCUUUUUCUACUUUUGCCUGAUUGCAUGAUGUUGUCAAGAGCGAUAUUUGGUUUUGUGACGGUUUCAACUCCUCCGUAGUUUGAAUGGAGAAACUUGUCCGAAAAGACUCUUCAUAUGGUGACGUUAUAAUUUCUGGGCGGUGUCAAUGGCAUGACUAAGAUUGGACAAAAUAUCAGAGUCUGCUUAUUGAAUAUAUUCAACCUCCACUACUAUUUUCAUGUAAAUACCAUGCAAAUGUAUGCCCAAUGUACACACAUCAAAUCUACUACCACCCUCCACAGUGUACACAACUCCCAUAAUGCAUCCAAAACUAAAAAGAACCCUCCUUCACGCCCCCUUCCCGCCCAUCCUAUAAGCAUCAACAAUCCUCUUUCCCACAGCCUCUCCGCUCCAAUAAGCUCCCGUCGUCGUCCCCAAGGCAAUAAAAGGCGCCGUAUGUUCCCCUGCAAACCAGAGUCCCCUCUCCGGCACACCCUCCCUCAAAAUUUUCACAUCCUCAUCCCCUUCCUUCAACCCCACCUGGAAGUUAGUAUAACUUCCAUUUCCCGCCAAGUCAUCAUUAACCCACGUAGUCGCCACACAACUGAGCGGUCUGCAUCCCUCAUCUUCCUCCUUAAAAUUUGGAAGAAGUGAAUAAUACGGUUUAAAAAACGUAAUCAAAAAUUCAUCCUUUUCAAUCUGUGUUUGCAGAGUAGAAAGGGUUUUGGCGAAAUGCAAGGAUUGUGCACCAUAGAUGUAGAGGAGGAGUGUAGGAUGUGCAUUUUCUGGCGUGAAGGAUGAUAAAGGUACGAUUUCUUGAUGCCAUUUGUCGGGGUUUGUGGUGGGGGCGUAGACGGGCGAGAGCCAUUGGGUGAAACCGUCGA